AAGCCUGUAAUUUAGUUAGCAUAGUACUAGUCCCGGAAGAGUCUUGAUAGUUGUUAUAUCAAUUUGGGCAUGUUCUUUCUUUACAACUAGUUUUCUAUAAACAAAAACUCCUCGUGAUGAGCCACAAUUCAAAACACGUCUCCGGUCACCAAGAUUCUAGGGGGAUCAUGUACUGAUGUAAGCCCGCGAUGAGACAGAAGUCAAAACACAUGUCUCCACCAGCACAUGGUUUGUCUUUAAGAAGGCUCGCGGCAGCGGAAGACCCUGCCAUUAACCAGCUCCAUCAGCUCUGCUGCCUGGAGGUGUGCUAGUAUCUGUUCAACGAAGCAAGCGUGUGGCCAUGGCGAUGUUCACCAGAGCCUUGCAAUUGGCUCUCAGGGAGAAGAGGAGCAGGAUCAUUGGGGAUCGCCGUCAGGCUUCCUCGCCAAUUCCUUCUCAUCCUCGGCUCCGAGCUCCCAGAGUCCGCAGAGGUGAUGUACACAGUAGUGCUCUGUUUUCCUACAUCGGAGAUGGAUGCAUGGAGGUGAAGUGUCAUGUGGAAUUAUUGGUGGCCUGUAGGCUGGCCGGGAAAGUCGCCGUCAUCACCGGUGGCGCGAGCGGCAUAGGCAAGGCGACCGCCGCCGAGUUCGUCAGGAACGGCGCCAAGGUGGUGAUCGCCGACAUCCAGGACGACCUGGGCCACGCCGUGGCCAAGGAGCUCGGCGGCCCGGGCGCGGCAUGCUACACCCGCUGCGACGUGGCCGACGAGGCGCAGGUCGCGGCGGCCGUGGACCUCGCGGUCGCCCGCCACGGGCACCUCGACGUCAUGUUCAACCACGCCGGCAUCGGGGGCGCCACGGGGACGCCGCCGCCGCUGGGCGCCGUGGACCUCGCGGACUUCGACCGCGUGAUGGCGGUCAACGCCCGGGGCGUGCUGGCGGGGCUCAAGCACGCGGCGCGGGUCAUGGUCCCGCGCCGCCGCGGCAGCAUCAUCUGCACCGCGAGCGUCGCCGCGCUGCUGGGCGGCGUGGCCACCCCGGCGUACGGCGCGUCCAAGGCGGCGGUGCUGGGGCUGGUGCGCGCCGCGGCAGCGGAGCUGGCGCGCUCCGGCGUGCGCGUGAACGCCAUCUGCCCCAGCGCCAUCGUGACGCCCAUGUGCCUGCAGAGCCUCGGGUCGUGGCUCCCCGGGAUGAGCCCGGAGGAGAUCAAGCGGAUGGUGGAGGUCGACACGAACCCGAUGGCCGGGACGGUGCUCGAGGCGGAGGACAUCGCGAGGGCGGCGCUGUACCUGGCGUCCGACGAGGCCAAGUACGUGAACGGGCACAACUUCGUCAUCGACGGCGGCUUGUCGGUUUCGGUGGGCAAGACAGCCUAGUAAAGAUGCCGGCGCCACCAUGCCGUGAAGCAAGGAUCAAUCAGCUGCCGAUUAAUUUCGGGGGCUAUUGGCCCUGUUUGAUUCUGCUUUUGUGAACCUCUGAGAAGUAGGAUUCGGAGAUUAUGCUAUCCGGAGAAUCGGCUCUCUAAAUAAGCUGAUUAUUUGACAAUUCUAAUUAUUUCGAGUCGAUUCUCUGAGUUGAGGGGUAAAAUAUCUAAAAUGCCCCUAAGGCUGAUAAUAUUUCUUUUAUAUUGAAUACAAGCAUAUAUUUCUAAAGCAAGGAUUGUUUCUUUGGUCC